GUAUGAACCAUUUCCAAGUUCAUGUAUGGCCACACACAAACACAAACAGACAAACUCAUCUAUAAAUAUAAACGAGAGGAUAAGAAACAUUACAAACAUCAUCUAACAAUCUCAAACACUCUCUCAUGGAAUCGUCUACCAAACCAGAAAUUCAAUGCGAGUUUCUUCCAUUACUUCGUGUCUACAAAGAUGGCCAUGUCGAAAGACUCCUCGACACCGACUUUGUCCCUGCAACAUCAAACGAUUCUCUUACUGGAGUUUUAUCCAAGGACAUAACCAUCCUUACUGAACCCAACAUCUCUGCUCGUCUUUUCCUCCCCAGACACAUCAACACGAACCAAAAGCUUCCUCUUUUGGUCUACUUUCACGGCGGCGGCUUUUGCAUAUCUUCACCUUUCACUUCCAAAUACCACAACUACCUUAAUACUCUCGUUGCCGAAGCUAAUGUUAUUGCUGUUUCAGUGAACUACAGGAAAGCUCCUGAGCAUCCGAUCCCUACAGCAUAUGAAGACUCUUGGGUUGCUCUUCAAUGGGUUGUUUCCCAUAGUAAUAAUGAUGGACCCGAGUCUUGUUUGAAUGACCAUGCUGACUUUGAAAGAGUGUUUUUAUCUGGAGAGAGUGCUGGUGCGAAUAUCGCUCAUAAUAUGGCUAUACUAGCUGGACACCCGGAGUUUGGGCUCAGUGUACCGCUUUUAGGGGUUGCUUUGGUCCACCCAUAUUUUUGGGGGUCGGAUCCUAUCGGGUCAGAGACUGCAAAUAUGGAUUCAAAGGCCGCAACAGAUCGUUUGUGGCCAUUUAUCUGUCCGUCGAAUCCGGAUAAUAAUGACCCAAGGGUCAACCCGGUUUCUGCCGAUGCUCCAAGUUUGACGGGGCUCGGAUGCAAAAGGGUUUUAAUUUGUGUGGCUGAGAAGGAUGUGUUGAAAGACAGAGGGUGGGUUUAUUAUCAAGAAUUGAGUAGGUGUGGGUGGAUGGGCGUCGCGGAGAUUAUGGAGACAGAUGGAGAAGGUCAUGGGUUUCACUUGUAUGAUUUGCAAAAUGAGAAAGCCAAGGAUUUGAUCCAACGGUUGGCUGCUUUCUUUAACAGGGACAUGCCCCCUUUAAUUUGAUUGUGGAAUUUUGAGUCUCAUUGUGUUAAAUUUUCUACUUACCUCCACUUCAAUUUGGUUUAAGCUUGUUGACAAGUUCAAUUGUUUUGUUAAUAAGCUUUUAAAUCAUUGGCUUUCUAUUUAAUUCAACAACUUGUAAUAUCGUAUUAAUUAA